AUCUUGUCAGUUGGAUCAUCAGAACGAACCCGACUUUAACCCGGGAAUCGGAAAAAUUUGGAAGACUCACAGCGGAGCGGAAAGUCACCUGGCCGCUCAGCCGAGCAAGGCGAGAGUGGUCAAACACGUGACCCUGAUCCGACCCGCAUCCAAUCAGAGCCGGCUUAUUGGAACGCUCGAUAGGAUUUUGUCUGAUGCUGCUAAUGAUCUCUGCUUGAGCCCUUUUGUCCUCCGACUCCGAGAACGACCUCCCCAUCUCGCCGUCUCAUAUUCGAUCGCACCAGCGACGGUAUAGCUCGCCCAUAAUGCUUGCCAGGUCGUGUUUGCGCUCGACGCGCACCUUCAAUGGACUCCGGAACGGCCCUUCUGCUGUCACCAAGCGUGCCGCUUCCUCGAGCUCCAGCGCCGCCAGCGAUGCCUCUGCCACUCGAUUGAACCUGGCUGCCGCCGCCUCGACUACCCUCGCCCUCGGCUCCAUGGCCUGGUACUAUCACCUUUAUGGACCUGUCGCCUUUGCCAUGACUCCCGCUGAAGAGGGUCUUCACGCUACCAAGUACCCUUGGGUUCACAACAAGUGGUUCAAGACCUUCGACCACCAGGCUCUCCGCCGUGGUUUCCAGGUUUAUCAGGAGGUCUGCCAGUCCUGCCACUCCCUCAGCCGAAUCCCCUACCGAACUCUUGUUGGUUCCGUCUUGACCGUUGACGAGGCCAAGGCCCUUGCCGAGGAGAACGAGUACCCCGGUGAGCCCGAUGAGCAGGGCGAGAUCCAGAUGCGUCCCGGAAAGCUGGCCGAUUACAUGCUUCCUCCUUACAAGAACGAGGAGGCUGCUCGAUUUGCCAACAACGGUGCUCUCCCCCCGGAUCUGUCUCUUAUCAUCAAGGCCCGUCACGGUGGCUGUGACUACAUCUUCAGCUUGCUCACCGGUUACCCUGAAGAGCCCCCUGCUGGUGUUCAGGUCGCUCCCGGCAUGAACUUCAACCCUUACUUCCCCGGUACCGGUAUCGCCAUGGCUCGUGUCCUUUACGACGGCCUCGUCGAGUACGAGGAUGGCACCCCCGCCACCACCUCUCAGAUGGCCAAGGAUGUUGUCGAGUUCCUCAACUGGGCUGCCGAGCCCGAGAUGGACGACCGAAAGCGAAUGGGUAUGAAGGUUCUUGUCGUCUCUGCCUCUCUGUGGGCUGUCAGUGUCUGGGUUAAGCGAUACAAGUGGGCUUGGCUGAAGUCUCGAAAGAUCGCCUACGACCCCCCUAAGGAGGUCAAGGUCCGCCGCUAA